AUGGCUUACCGUGGCAAUUAUCAGUCAAGAUUUGUGUCAGCAUCUUCGAGCAGUUCUGCGACCUCAAAUGUUCGUAAUGAUGACCACAAAUGGAGUAGCUCAGGUAGCAUGAAUUCUGUGCCGCCACCACAGUCCCUUACUACACCCAGCGUUCCCGCAUUUGCAGCUGGGUCUUAUAUGUCUGUGCGAGAGAGGGAAAAGAAAAAAGAAGAAGAGUACGCAAAUCUCAUGUUUUACGGUGCUAAGACCGAGAAGGAAGGUCGAAAGAAACGGCUGUACGACGACGAAUACCUCGAGGGCGAGGAUUCAGAUGACGAGCAGUCCUCAUCGUCUCAUCGUCGACGCUGGGAUGAUGAUCGAUCAUCAUCGAAUCGUGAUCGUGGUCGUGAUCGUGACGAUAAAAGUGGGCGAAAAAGAAGCAAAGAAGAGGAUAAGAAACCCGAGGAAGAAGAAGAGGAUGAACUGGAUGCAUUUAUGGCCGAAAUCGAUGCGCAGGCCUCCAAGGAUAAAGCCAUCUCAGUUCAAAAAGAAAAAGAUCGUGCAAGCGGAAAGGAUGCGGAUGCAGAUAAGAAGGGCAUUGGCAGAGCGGACAUUGAUGAGGAAGAUAUGCAGGAGUCAUAUUUCAAGUAUUUGGAAGAACACAAAGACAAGAUUGCUAAUGAUGAAGAAGAGUACGAAUACGACGAAGAUGGUAACGUCAUAUGGUCAUGGAAGAAGGUUAUCGAUCCGCUUCCGGUGAUAGAUCAUUCGACUAUAACUUACCCAGAUUUUACAAAAAAUUUCUAUGUGGAACAUGAAGAAAUCAAAAAGCUGAACCAUGUCGAAGUUGUGAAACUUCGCGAGCAGCUUGGGAUUCGCGUCGGCGGAUUUCAUCCACCAAAACCUGUGUGCUCGUUUGCACAUUUUGGCUUCGAUAAACAGAUCAUGGAUGCAAUUCGCAAAAGCGAAUAUGAACACCCAACGCCAAUCCAGGCUCAGGCUAUCCCUGCUGCUUUGAGCGGGCGCGAUGUACUUGGAAUAGCGAAGACUGGUAGCGGUAAAACAGCUGCUUACUUGUGGCCUGCUAUCGUGCACAUUAUGGAUCAGCCUGAUUUGGAUGUUGGUGAAGGGCCAAUCGCGCUUAUUGUGGUGCCAACAAGAGAACUGGCGAUACAGGUAUACCAAGAAGCCAAGAAGUUUUGUAAAAUCUACAAUAUCAAUGUUGUUUGCGCUUAUGGAGGUGGAAGUAAAUGGGAGCAAUCAAAUGAGCUCAAGAAUGAAGGAGCUGAGUUGGUCGUGUGCACACCGGGUAGAAUAAUUGAUUUGGUAAAAAUGGAUGCCACAAAUUUUCUGAGAACUACAUUCUUGGUUUUUGACGAAGCUGACAGGAUGUUCGAUAUGGGAUUCGAAGCACAAGUGAAAUCUAUCUCCGAUCAUAUUCGACCGGACCGUCAAUGCCUCAUGUUUAGUGCUACAUUCAAGCAUAAGGUGGAAAGACUGGCGCGAGAUGCAUUGCGUGAUCCUGUUCGGAUUGUGCAGGGAGAAGUGGGAGAGGCUAAUGCUGACGUCAUACAAACUGUUGAAGUUCUGCCACGACAGGAUUCGAAAUGGGUAUGGCUUACGCAAAGACUGGUCAACUUUGGCACCAUGGGUAAAGUUCUUAUAUUUGUAACCAAGAAGAUCAACGCUGAGGAUCUUGCGAAAAAGCUUAGGGGUCGAGAUUUCGAGUUGGUUUUACUUCACGGAGAUAUGUUACAACACGAGAGGAAUGAACAUUUGCAAGCGUUCCGAAAGAAGGUCAAUAUCAUGGUAGCCACCGAUGUCGCAGCGCGUGGUUUGGAUAUCCCUGAAAUUCGGACUGUGAUCAACUAUGACCUUGCAAGGGACAUUGACACACAUGUGCACAGGAUCGGACGUACUGGUAGAGCAGGACAGAAGGGAGCCGCAUAUACAUUAGUCACCGACAAGGACAUGGAAAUGGCUGGACAUUUGGUUCGAAAUCUCGAAAGUGUCAACCAAGAAGUCCCACAAGCCUUGUUGAACCUUGCCAUGAAAUCAGCUUGGUUCCGCUCACAGCGACAGGGUGGCCAGGGCGGUGCACCCAAGGCGAAAGCACGACUUGGGCUCGGUUACAAGCCAAAAACUCGUCCCGCACCGGGUAGUGGAGGGUCCCAGCUCGAUCCACUGAAAGAGACUAAGCCGCGCGGAACUACCAAUCUUUCUGUUCGUGAUACGAUUAGAGCGGCGACAUCUUCAGAAGGUGUUGGUCCAGUGGGAGCGGCACCAAAUAGUCGAUUAAUGGCAAUGAAAAACGCUUUCAAGCAGUCUUUUGCGGCAACCUUCAAGCCAUCCGAAUUUGAGUCGUCUAAAAUCAGACCACAGAUUGUUUCGGACCCGCGACCCGAAUGGAAAAGGAAAAUUGACGAAAUCAACGCCCGCUUGAUGGCUCAGAAUCCCCAAGCUCAACAGUCUCCAUCUCCGGCCGCUCCUUCCCAGACGAGUGAUGACACGGGGUCGUCGGCAAGGAAAAAAAGCAGAUGGCAAUAGAUUACUGUACUGUUGGUUUGUGCAAUAAAUCGGAAUUUAAAAAGAAUUGUUGACAUUGUAACCUCCGGUUUCUAUCCAUGUAAUCGCCAUCUUUGUGUACAAUGAAUCAGCAAGGUACAAAGCGGUCGUUAUUUUUUAUCGGUUGUUUGCAAAUGUCGUCGCAGAGGUUGGCUCUGCAAGCAUCAAAGAUUGUACAUUUGGUGUUUUGUUCAGGUUUUAAGUGCAUUGUGAGGGAAGUGACUGCAUUUCAAUGACAUAGAUCAAAUCAAGUUAUAGUAUCUAUAAACAUUUUCCCAUUAGUCCUUGCAGAUUUUUGUCAACGCCCUUCUUUGCUCGUUCUCUGUAAUCCUUAUCUUUUUUUUCUCUCUAUUUGCAUUGCGGUAGUGUGUUGCACGGAUCUCUCAUCACACUAUGUUCAGAUGUUAUAAAA